AUGUCAUAUCACUUAUUAGUAAAACUUUCUCGUGACAUUAGUCAACUUUUUGAUACUGCCGCAUACUACGAUGUAAUUAUUCGUGUCGGCAAAGGCGCGGACGCAAAGGAAUUUCAGGCACAUUCGCUUAUACUGAGAGCUCGAUCUACUUACUUCCGUGGUAAUCUAAGGGGGGAUAGCGUAUAUGACAAGAUCCUAAUUGAUAAAUCUAACAUAACUCCGGCUGUAUUUGAGGUUAUUCUCAAGUACAUUUACAGUGGUAAAGUUGAUUUCAUGAACUGCGAAGGGCAACAAACUUUCGAUUUGCUCUACGCAGCAAAGGAACUUGGCCUUUUUGAAAUCUUGGAAAGCAUUCAAGAUCAUUUGAUCUACCAACAGACAGAAUGGAUGGAUGCUAAUUUUGUCACCCAUUUUCGCACUAUUUUCAGUCACGAUUCUUUCAAAAGUCUCCAAGUCCAUUACACCACCAAAAUUGCACAAAAUCCCUUGAGUAUUUUCGAAAAUCCCAAAUGUUUCAAUCCUGAGAUAUUGAGAUCCCUCGAUAAUUCCGGAUGUAUCAAACUUAAUGAAGCUAUGUGGGGUUUUAUUGUUAAUUGGGCGAGAUCUCAAAUUCCCAGAUUGGGUAAUCAAGUUUCGGGGUGGCAAAGGGAAGAUUGGAUUGAAUUCAAAGAAAUUCUCGCUUCGUGUAUUCCUUGGAAAAGUGUGAAGUCACUGAACUGGAAUGAAUUUAAUGAUCUCUUGAUUCCGUGUGAACCCUUCUUACCUCAGGCGGAAUUUGAGGAAUCGCUCAAACAUCAUCUAAUAAAAGCUUGCGGUUCAUCCACUGCGAUUUCUUCGCCGAUCUCUAUUCAAUUUAACGGCACAACACUCAACAUUUGCCACGCAACCCUGCUCGCGAGCUGGAUUGACCGAAGAGGCGACAAUCCAUAUAGGCCAGCGGAAAUUCCGUAUGAAUUUAAAUUGGUCGUUCGUGGACGUAGAGAUGGUUUCUCCCCAGAGACCUUUCAUCAGAAAUGCGAAGGAAUUCCCAGGACCAUAACCGUAUUCAAAAUAAACAAUAGUGCCCUGUGCGGCGGUUAUAACCCCCUGGACUGGAAAUAUGGCCACACCACCAGUGAUAGUUUUGUCUUUUAUUUUGAUCACGACAGGGCGGAUAUCGAACGGCUCAACGGAUUCGCUAUUCAAAAACGACAAGGAUAUGGGCCUUGUUUCGGUGAAGAAUUAAUAGCCUUUCCCGAUGGGAAACGCGCGAUCAUGAUGAAAGUCGAUGAAGGCCUCGAAUCUCUACAAGUGAUAGACUAUGAAGUUUUCCAGAUAAUGGAUAAGCCUCGAAGAUCUAAUUUCGCAUCCACUGCACACGAUAAGAAUGUUAAUACACACAAGAAACGAUAG